ACGGAAAAGACCCUGCGGGAGUAGGCAAAGUGUGAAUAAAACAUUUCCCGAGUCGCGAGAGGAUCAAACAAACCCUCAGCCUCAGCGACGACUCUCAAAUCGGAAAUGGCGAAGCCUCUCAUCUUCACGACGCUGCUCUCUCUCCUCCUCCUCCUCAUCACGACGGCGCUCGCCAGCUCAGACUCUCCCUUCAUCGUCGCGCACAAGAAGGCCUCCCUCAACAGGCUCAAGUCCGGCGCCGAGCGCGUUUCGGUCUCUGUUGAUAUCUACAACCAAGGAUCUUCAACUGCCUAUGAUGUAAGUUUGAGUGAUGAGAGCUGGCCUCAGGAUCUCUUUGAUAUUGUCAGUGGCAACACUUCCAAGUCAUGGGAAAGGCUUGAUGCAGGCGGCGUUAUAUCUCACUCUUUUGAAUUGGAGGCCAAGACGAAGGGAAUGUUCAAUGGUGCACCAGCUGUUAUUACAUUUCGCAUUCCCACAAAGGCUGCUCUACAGGAGGCAUAUUCAACCCCCAUACUGCCUUUGGAUGUUCUUGCUGACAGGCCUCCUGAGAAGAAACUUGAGUGGGUUAAGAGGCUGCUGGCAAAGUAUGGGUCUCUGAUGUCAGUGCUAUCCAUUGUGGUUCUGUUUGUGUACCUGGUUGCUACUCCAGGUAAAUCUGGUGGUGCAAAAGGAGGCAAGAAGAAGCGCUAAGCAGUGGUGAUGCAACUUCAGUGAGAUAGCAUAUGAGCAUUUGGACACAUGUUCCUUUGUUGCCGAGUUGUUUUUCUCUCCGAGUUAGUGGCACAUGUUAGUUGUCUGAAACUUCCAAAUGAAUAGUUUAUUAACAAGUUAGUGUAAGAUGAACUAGCUGAGUCAUACAGUGGGCACGAACCCAAAUCGGAUCUUUGCUAUGUUUCAUAAUCAGUUUUUGCUCAUCAGUUUUGGAUUCAAUGUUAUAGUUGGUGCUUGAUCGUUGUUAAAAUCUGUGGUGACCAUGGGUACAACCUGAUUCAAUCUGUUGGUU